AUGGAGACGGAAGUAAGCAUAGAUGAAGGGGUUGGAGAGGGAAACAGGGAGGAGAGGCGACCAAGGCUGCUGCGUGCCGAGGGGUCAGUGCUUUCAGAGGAGUUUAUUGAAGGGCUCGAGCGUCAGGCCGAUGCCACAGCCCAGCAGCUUGCUCUGCACAUCUCUUCCCUUCAUGCCUCUCUCCACGCCAUGCAGACGUUCAAGAUGUCUGCCGACAAUACGACCGCUGCGGUGAGCACAGCGGUGGCGCAGAUGCACGGCUUCCUCACAAAAUGCCAGCAACUCAACCAGGACCUGCCACCCAUCGAUGAUCUCGCAAAACAGAUCAAGGACCUGCGCCGUACGCUGGACUUGUUCGAAAUGCUCACCCUUCGCUUCGGCCGAACAUGA